CGCGCUAUUUCCAUUGAAGAACUUGUCAAUUGGAGCUCUUUAGAUGUGUGUUUGUGAGCGGACUGUUCUUCUUAUAAACGUUAUCCUAUGCAUUAAGGAUCGCCAUUCCCUAGCAUCAAAGAUCCGCGCUGGUUCUUCAAUAACGCACGAUCGUGAGUUGUCCAUUAACGGACCAGCUAGCCGAAGGUGACAUUGGGGAAGAAGAAAUCACAGUUAGUCAGGCGCAUUGGAAUAGGACCUUCCAAUUAAUAAACAUUGCGGAGCAGUUUAACCAAUGCCUUGAAAUAGCGCGUCUCGAUUAGCAAAUAUAAUAGCUGUUUUAGCUGUUCUGGAAUCAUGACGACAAUGCCAUCGUAAAAAUAGCGAUAAUGGAAGAAAAAUUAGGAAUGUUUUAAUAAAAAACAGCACUUCUAAAGGAGGGAAUGAGAUUUUAUUGUCUGUGAUUUUAUCAUGGGACAGAGAUAGUAUAGACUUCGCCAGCUUACUGGCUUAUAAAACAAACGGCGUUUAUAAUAAGGGGGUGAAAACGGUGAAUUAACGGAGGAAUCAAACGUUACGAGUCAACGGAAACGUGACGUAUUGACAAAAUGACGUUCAUCGACGGAACAACGAGUCGAAUCAAGGCGUGUAAGGAGUAUAUUAUCAGUUGUAGGGGGUCGAGACGAUUGAUUCUGUUCAUCGUAUUUAUUGCGAUUUUCCUGGAUAAUAUGCUUCUAACAACUGUCGUGCCUAUAAUACCAAACUUCAUUCUAAAACUGGAGGAAGCUUCAAAAGUACCGAGCAAUAACACAGAGGAACCAUAUAAUACUAUAUGUGUUAACAGGACAAACUUUGAUGAUGCGUUCACUAAAAGCCAAAUUAAAACUAUGGAACCGUUUGGCAAUGACGUUGCAUGGAACGGAAGUGAUUAUGAACCCCUUUCACCUUAUGAGUGUACAAAGGUUAAGAACUUGACAGCAGAAGCCAUUUUGAAGAAGAGAAAGAAGGAGGCCGACUAUGAAGAAUAUGGCGAUGCAAAUGUGAAAGCAGGAUUAAUGUUUGGUUCCAAAGCAUUGGUUCAAAUGUUGUUCAAUCCAUUUGUGGGGCCAAUAACCAACAGGAUAGGGUACACCAUUCCGAUGUUUACUGGAUUCUUCAUUAUGAUGACAUCUACAGUAAUAUUUGCCUUCGGUGAGACAUACGCCGUGUUGUUUGUAGCUCGGGCUUUCCAGGGAAUAGGAUCAGCAUGCUCCAGUGUUGCAGGAAUGGGCAUGCUAGCAGUGCGAUAUCCCGAUGAUGACGAGAGAGGCCGCGCCAUGGGUAUUGCCUUGGGUGGGCUUGCUCUCGGCGUUCUUAUCGGUCCACCGUUUGGAGGUAUAAUGUACCAGUUCGCCGGGAAGGAAGCGCCGUUUCUUAUUCUAGCCUUCUUAGCGCUGUUAGACGGAGCGCUGCAGUUGUUCGUCUUACAGCCAGCCGUCCAACCCGAGUCCCAGGAAGGCACCUCGUACAUCACUCUCCUGAAGGACCCAUAUAUUGUCAUAGCGGCAGGUUCUAUAACUUUCGCUAACAUGGGUAUUGCCAUGAUCGAGCCGUCGCUGCCUAUCUGGAUGAAGAAAGUCAUGGGUGCGGAGGAGUGGAGCGAAGGUCUGGCGUUCUUGCCAGCGAGUAUAUCUUACUGUCUGGGGACGAACAUUUUCGGCCCCGUCGCUUCCAAGAUCGGCAGAUGGCUGUCUACCAUGCUUGGCAUGAUUUUCAUUGCUAUAUGCCUCUUUGUGAUUCCAUUUUGUAGAACUAAUGCUUUAUUAAUUGCGCCCAUGUUUGGGCUAGGAUUUUCAAUUGGUAUGGUUGACUCUUCUAUGAUGCCACACAUGGGAUAUCUGGUCGAUCUGCGACAUGUUUCGGUGUAUGGCAACGUGUAUGCCAUAGCAGAUGUCGCGUUUGCGCUAGGAUUUGCAGUUGGACCUAUGUUGAGUGGAACUAUUGUAAAGGCCAUAGGAUUUAGCUGGAUGCUGUGGAUAACAGCGAUUGCGUGUCUGACAUAUGCACCUCUGGUCGUCUUUCUACGCAACCCUCCAGGAAAGGAGGAGAAAAUGUCGCUUAUCAUGAACGACCAGUGCCCAGUGCAGUACGUGACAUAUAAUCAGACAACGGCUAGUAACGCAGCCUCCGACGAAGACGAUGGCUACUUUCAAUGAACACACUAUUCCCAUGAUAGUUUGAUUAAUAGCCGAGCCUCAUAGACGUGUUUGUGACUUUGCAUAGAUGUCUUUAGACGACGACGGUGGCUUCUGUGCUCUUCAGCCACGUCCCUCUACGUGUUAAUCAAUAAAGAUGUCCAAGCCUUCUGCCUCUUCCCUUCCUUCCCUAAUAUGAAUUAUUUUUUUGAUAAAAUUGAUGACAAUGGUCGCAUGAUCAAAGACUGUCAAGAGUGCUAAUUAUAAUUAACGUAAUCACAUGUCAUUUCUUGUUUCAGGGUAAUAUGUAGCCUUAAUUUAUGACGUUGACGUCUAUUCGCCCUUCUAAUCAAGCGUCUACCGUUUUAUCGAAAACAAAAAAUAGUAUCUCCUUACUCCAUAUGAUUGCUACAUUUUGUGCGCCAUUUCUUGCUUUCCGUCAUAGAAUAUUGGUUAAGUGUCGUUGUUCGCCAUUGGUUGAUGGGCGAAUAAAAUUAAGGACUAAAAUAACAUUCGGUGAUAUUAAAAAACUGUUUUUAAAAUGUGUUAAUGGAUCAGUUUGCAAUUUACGUUCCAGCUCUACGAUUAUUCGAUAAAUGACUAACUUUUCCAUGUUUAAAAAUGUACCUACAUAUUUGUAGUCAUAUAGUUUGUACAUAUAAACUGUUCAUAUAAAGACAAAGAUCCAGAUGACUGUCCACGAGACUAUGGGACAACCUAAACAUUGAGAAUACCCAUCGGAACACCUAGUAGGCCAUUUUCCAUCGAAAGAAAUCUCGGAUGUAUAUGAAUGGUUUACAAAUUCAGAACUCUUUACAUUAUACUACGCUGAAAUCAUUCGGAGCUCCUCGGCCGUUUUAUCGAAAACAACCUCGGAUGUAUCUGGACGGUUUACAUACUCAAAAAGUGGUACGUUUAAGUCCGCUGCAAGUAGAUCGCGUAGUUAUUCUAUUUAGCAGUUAAACUUUGUGGCAUUACUCUUGGGAUUCUUAAAUAUGUUUGCAAUAAUACAAUUCAAUGGCAAACAAUUUAAACUUAGAUCAAUAAAUACAACUCUAAAACACUAUAUUUAAUUAAUGAUAUAAUUCAAAAAUUUACGAACUACUUCAACUGAUGUACCUGCAUACAUCCGAGGUUGUUUUUGAAAAAAAUGGCCGAGGAGUUCCGAAUGCGCUGAAAUCUUAUCGCGUAGUAAUUUGAAUUUAGCAGUUAAGCCUAAGGAGUUUACUCAUAGGAAUCUUAUUUGUGAGUGCAAUAUUACACUUCAAUCGGAUUCAAUAUGAACUUGGCAAUUCAAAUCACACGUCAAAACGCUCUAAUUAAGUAAAGGUAUUAUUGUUUUAAUUUUACAAACUACUUCUACUGAUGUAUUGCCAAUCAUCCGAGAUUUUUUCGAUGGAAAUACCGUGGAGGUCCGAUUGUGAAAGUACUACACUUGUAUAUGAAGUAAUUCAGUUUGAUAUUAAUGUAAUUGAAACGUUUGCUUGCAAAUUCAAAAAGAUAUUCAAAAGUCCUUUUCGAAAAAACAACAUUCAUUACUACAAAGUGAUACUGACCCCCAAUUGCUCGAAGUCUUAAUGUCAUUUAUAACAGGAUUAAGCUAUAAGCUCACGAAUUUUUGUUUGGAGUAAAGUUUGUUUAAUAUUGACAUCCUUAACAAUAUUUCGAACUACGAACUUAUCUUAGUGAAACUCACGAUACACUUACUUCAAUUUGAAACAAGUUUAACUAAGAAAUUUGGCAUAAUUCAAUAAUCUACUUUUUGUUUGUUACGCUCAAGUAUUUUCGAGAAAUUGGGGACAGAUUCGAAAAAGUGGUUGUACGAUAUGAGUGUUGAUAACAGGUCCCCGUGAGUGGAGUGCAAUUUCUGUAUAUCCUGUUAUAAACAUUGACAACAUAU